AUGGCACUCCAGCGUUCCCAGGUCGAAAGUGGCACAGACCUUUACAUUAAAAGAUUAUCAGUAUUCAUAUGCAGUUUGUGCAUCCUAAGUAUAUCCUGUAAAUCCAACUUACACAGUCUACAGGAGACGUCGGCGGAGGCCGAGCUGUCCACAGAGAUCAUCGGAGCCCUGUCCUCGGAGCACGAGGGCUCUGGGGAGGAUAUACCGGGCCCUAGUUUAAUAUUAAAGAAUAAUACAAAAGAAGCUCUGAAAUCAGAUGGUAGCGAACAAGAUCCGGUGUUCGUAUCAGAGAAGAACAGCUACAUUCCUGUAAGCAUCAAGCCGCGCUCGCCUGUGGAGAGCUGGCGCGAGCCGCCCGCCUGGGAGAGAGAGUAUCGCCGACAGAGAACCAACGGCAGCAGGGUCCAGUACAUAGAAGCGGAGUGUCAGGAUGACUUCAUGAAGAUCAGAGUCGGCUUCAAUGGCUCUUUCAGUGGUCUUGUUUAUUCUGCAGGCUACUCGUACGACCCGGACUGCAUGUACAUAAACGGUUCUGGGCGGGACUACUACGAGUUCUACAUCCAGCUCAACCGCUGCGGCACGCUCGGCCGUAACAGCCAGCAUGAUGAUACCAGGAAACAUCCUACUAAAAACCUAAUGUGGAAUACCAUCACGGUGCAGUACAACCCGCUGAUCGAGGAGGAGUUGGACGAGCACUUUAAGGUCACCUGCGAGUACGGCUACGACUUCUGGAAGACCGUCACCUUCCCAUUCCUCGACGUCGAGGUAGCAACGGGAAAUCCGGUGGUGUUCACGCUUCAGCCGCCGGAAUGCUACAUGGAGAUCAGGUCGGGAUACGGCGCGACCGGCGCGCGGGUCACCGGACCAGUCAGAGUCGGAGACCCGCUGACCCUGCUCAUAUACAUGCGGAGCUCGUACGAUGGAUUCGACAUCGUGGUGAACGACUGUUUCGCGCACAACGGAGCCGCCAAGAGGAUAAAACUCAUCGACGAAUUCGGUUGUCCGGUGGACGACAAACUGAUCUCUCGUUUCCGCGGCUCGUGGUCGGAGGCGGGCGUGUUCGAGACGCAGGUGUACGCGUACAUGAAGACAUUCCGCUUCACCGGAUCGCCCGCGCUCUACAUCGAGUGCGACGUGCGCAUGUGCCAUGGACGAUGCCCGUCGCAGCCGUGCCACUGGCGCAACAUGAAGAGCGUGCGGCGGCGGUCGGCGGAAGUCACCGACGCGCCGCGGCUGUCGGAGAACAUCUCGCUCUUCCAGUCGCUGCGAGUGCUGCAGGAGGGAGAGGAGGAGGAGAUGACGAGAGCAGGAGCACUAGAAGGUCAAACGUGUAUGAAGACGUCAGCAUUAUCAGCCAUGUUUGCGUCUGGCGGCAUCCUAGUAGCGGCGCUUCUCGGCGCGCUACUAGCGGCGGCGCGGCGCUGGAAACAUGCGGACCCCGCACCGCACGCGUAUGUGCCGCACGGGGGCCGCAUUAGAUAA